UUGGCGUGUGGAUUCGGCUACCAGUCGGGGAUUGUUGCCUUCAUCAUAAAUACCAUUAGAUGCCAGUAUAGUAAAUUUCUUUUGGAAUCAUGUAAUACGGAAUUUUCUAGAUGCGAAAACGGUGGCAUGUGUGCCUUCUCCUUUGAAAAUCCUCAACUCCACUCAUGCAUCUGUUUAAUGGGCGUUUACGAAGGUGAUCGGUGCCAAUUUCAAGGUCAUCUAUAUAUUUCCUUUCUCCCAAUUUUCUACUUUCUGAAUGACCCCAUGCUCUUUAAUGUUGAAUUUUUAGUCGGUGUGCCAAGAGAUUCCCCUGAUUUCUUCCGGCAGUCACAGCAUGAAACUACACCAUCACAGCGCCGUUCUCCACCUCCUGCACCGACGCAAGGUAAGGACGUCACUGGGUUCUGUGCCUUUAUUUGA